UGUAGUUCGUUAGAGAGAAAAUUUUGCAGAAGAUUAUCAGACCAUACCAGACUUUACAAAGCUUAGAAGGUCUCUCCCUCUGCACUCCUUAAAAACCAGAAAAAUAAUUAUGGGUAACCCAUAUCGUUUCUCUUCUAGUACGAAACAAUGAAGAACAGGGAACGUAUAUAAUGAUAUUUUCAGUCAAAUGCAAGAAUCUCAUAACCAGAACAGAGCUUCAUUGCCUAGCCUGGAGUAGGACUCUCUUUUCUCUUCCUCGUAGCCAUGUAAAAUCCGAAAACCUCGCACCCAAUUUCAGUAAUGGCGACUCUGAUAAUCUCAGCAAAUCCAUCUUCAAUCUUUGCUCGAGUGGUCAGCUCAAAGAAGCUAUAGAGACCCUCUUUUCCCACUCCCAAACCCAAACCAAAGCUCCAUUAACCCACAAUGCUUACUCUCGCCUCUUAUCCGAAUCUAUUCGCUCAAAAUCAUUGGAAUAUGGAUCGAUGGUUCACACCCACAUGGCCCAAACUGGAUUUGUUCCUGAUAUAUUCAUACAAAACAACCUCAUCAACAUGUAUGUCAAAUGUGGUUCUAUCCAUGGUGCGAUUAAGGUGUUUGACGAGAUGCCUCAUAGCGAUGUCAUCUCAUGGAGCACCAUGAUCAUGGGUUAUGCUCGAUGUAGCAGAGAAAAGGAUGCAUUCAUGUGCUUUAGAGAUAUGGUUUCGAAGGGGUUCAUGCCCAAUCAGUUCACUUACACGGCAGCUCUUCGAGCCUGUGCUCUUGGGUCUAUGGUCAGGGAGGGCAUGGAGGUCCAUGCAUCCAUUGUUAAGUCGUUGUUGCUCCCUGAUACAUGUAUAGAGAGUGGGUUGAUCGCCAUGUAUGUGAAAUUCAAAAGGAAAGAGUGUGCGUAUAAAAUUUUCAAUAAGAUGCAUGAGAGAGAUGUGGUUUCAUGGAAUACCAUCAUGGCUGCAUGUAUGGGUGAAUGCAUUGAGGAAUCGGGUUUGUUUAAAUCAAUGCUUCGUGAUGGCUUCAUGCCCAAUGAUGUCACAUUCAUGAACCUCCUUGGUUCAUGUUCAUCUCUAUCAAUGGGUAUGCAGAUUCAUGCUCAUGCCAUAAAGCAUGGACAUGGGCUGAAUUCAUAUGUUCGGAAUUCACUUAUCAACUUUUAUUCAAAGGUGGGAAAGUUGGGUCUUGCUCGUCGAGUGUUUGAAAGCAUAAAGGAGCGUAAUGAAGUCGUCUGGACAGAAAUGGUUGGGAAGUAUGUGUCAAUGGGUCACUCCUCAGAGGCCCUCAGUCUUUUCUCUCUCAUGCUUAGAGAGAGAAUCAACCCCGAUUAUAUCUUGAUCUCAACAAUUCUGAGUUCUUGCAAUUCUCCAAAAAGCCUAGAAGCAGGUACCCAAAUCCAUUGCUUCGCCAUUAAGAGUGGGUUCAGUUCAGUUACAUUUGUUGCCAAUGCACUAAUGACUAUGUAUGCAAAGUGUGAGCGCUUAAGUGAAGCUGAUUUGAUAUUCUGUGUGAUUGAUGAGCCUGAUGGGGUGUCGUGGAAUGCUAUAAUCACCGGGCAUUUGCAUGCUGAGAACCACCAUGAGGUUACGGCCUUGUUCUCUCAAAUGCAUCGAGUGGGCUUAUGGGUCAACCACAUUACCCUAACUGGUGCCUUGUGUGCAUGUGGUAAUAUAGAUGACCCAAAACUAGGCCAACAUGUCCAUACACUCGUGAUGAAACUGGGUUAUGAGCAAAAUCCAUUUGUGGGCAAUGCAUUGGUCACCAUGUAUGCACUACAUGGUUGCUUAGAAUCUGCUGAGACAGUCUUUGCCUCUCUCACUCACAGGGACAUCGUCUCGUGGAAUUCUAUGAUCAAUGGCUACGGAGAGAAUGGGCUCUCAGAGGAUUCUCUCAUGCUUUUCCGAGAAAUGCUUAGAGAUGGUUUAGCUCCUAACCAUAUCACGUUUAUCGGUGUUUUGAGUGCUUCAGCCUCUGUGGCAUCUCUAGACCAAGGAAAUCAGAUAGCUGCAUGCAUUACCAAGUUGGGCUUCAAACCGAAUGUCCCAAUACAAAAUUCUCUUAUCAAUAUGUAUGCAAAAUGUGGAAGAAUAGACUAUGCGGUCAAGGCUUUCGAAGAGAUUGAGGAUCCUGAUAUAGUCUCCUGGAAUUCUCUUAUAACAAGGUAUGCACACCAUGGUUUAGGUGAGGGGGCAGUUCGUGCUUUUGAGCGAAUGCAAGCCACUGGUGUUAAGCUCGAUUCAGUAACCUUCAUUGGGGUGCUUUCGGCUUGUAGCCAUGGAGGCUUGCUAAGUGAGGGAUUCCAUUACUUUGAGGCCAUGAGUAAAGUUCAUGGCGUGGAACCAAGACUGGAGCAUUAUGCUUGUAUGGUUGAUCUUCUUGGGCGACUUGGGUAUCUUGAGGAAGCAAUGGAAUUGAUCAGAGCAAUGCCAAUUUCACCCUCAGGGUUGAUUUGGAGAACGCUUUUGGGGGCUUGUCGAAACUAUGGGAAUACUAAGGUUGGGACGGUGGCCGCAAAGGAAUUACUUGAAUUAGAGCCCGAAGAUGCAGCUGGGUAUGCUUUGUUAUCGAAUAUUUAUGCACAGGAGGGGAAGUGGGAGGAAAUGGGUAGAGUGAGGAAGGCUAUGAGAGAGAGAAGUGUGAGAAAGGAAGUGGGUUGCAGUUGGAUUGAGGUGAAAGGGAGUGUCCAUGUAUUCCAGAUGGAGGAUAGGUUUCACCCUGAGUCAGAACAGAUAUAUGCAGUUUUGGAGGAGCUUUUGCAUCAGAAAGAGGUGGGCUGUGUUGAAUAAUUUGGCCUUUGUUUUCCGUGAUUUUGACGAGAAAUAUAAAGAUGGCUUUUUUUUUAUUCCAUCAAACCAUUGAAUUGAGAACUUUUGUGAAAUAAUUGA